ACAGAUUUAUUGUAGCCUGCGCAGAGCCUUAGUUAUUAUUAUUGCAGAGAGCUCUUCUUUCUGCACGAGUUUCAACGAAAACAAAUGAAACCCUAAUUUUUUUUCUUAAAAACACCAUCCUUCUAUUUUAUAAGCACCCAGGUUGCAGGUUCCAAUCUCCGAGGCGAAAUAUACUCGAGGUUAAGUUUACAAUAAUUUGACUGAAAAAGAAGUUGAGGAAGACUGAAAAUCAUGCCUAGAAGGCGAAAGAAUCCCAAGGAUGGAGAGGGUGAAACCUCCGAGCAGGGACAGCAUCAUCAAGUCUCAUCAACACAAGAUGUUAGAACCCAAGAUGUGAGGGCUCAACAGCAAGGUUUUCAGCAGCCGGAGAGGUUAUAUGGUCAGCCUCAGCAAGGAGGUGUAGGACGUGGAGGAUAUCCUCAGCAGGGAAGAGGAGGAUAUCCUCAACAAGGUGGAGGGAGGGGUGGAUAUGGUGGUGGUGGCCGGGGUGGAGCCCCGCCCCAGCAAGGCAGGGGCGGGCAGGGGUAUCAAGGACAGGGGCCACCUUCUCAAGGGUUUAUACAAGGAGGGCCACCACCGUAUCAGCAGCAGGGAAGAGGUGGGGAACCCUCUUCCAUGGGUGGUAGUGGUGGCGGUGGUUAUGGAAGAGGAAGGGGAAGAAGAGGGGGAAGAGGGGUUGGCCCUGGCUCCUAUGGCAGUGGCCCCCCUCCUCCCACAGGGCCUUCUGGCCCAUUUCCCGAUCUGCCCCAAGCCGCUCAACAGCCUUAUCAACAGGAACAGGCUGCCACAGCACCAGUACAGCCCUUUGCUCCCCAGUUCCUUUUGCCUGUAGAGUCUGGCAGUGGUGCUCCACCACCUGGUCCUGAAGCUGGACUUGGCCCAAUUGUGGAAAAGCUUGAGCAAGUCACUCUGCAAGCCCCUCCUGGUCCUGAUGUGCCUGGGCCUUCUCAGAUUGUACCAGCUGGAACAACACCUUUGUCAAGCAAGGGAGUGCGAUUCCCAUUGCGUCCAGGAAUGGGAAAAACCGGCACGAGGUGCAUUGUCAAGGCUAACCAUUUUUUUGCACAGCUGCCUGACAAGGAUCUGCAUCAGUAUGAUGUUUCAAUUACACCUGAGGUGACUUCUAGAGGUGUUAACAGGGCGGUAAUGGAGCAAUUAGUUAAACAGUAUCAAGAGACACAUUUGGGAAGGAGGCUUCCUGCAUAUGAUGGUCGGAAGAGCCUAUACACUGCUGGCCCUUUGCCAUUUGCAUCCAAGGAGUUUACAAUUAAUCUUCAAGAUGAGGAGGAUGGUUUGGGAGGCCAAAGAAGGGAUCGACAAUUCAAGGUUGUGAUCAAGUUUGCGGCUCAUGCAGAUCUUCACCAUUUAGGUCAAUUCUUAGCUGGCAGGCAAGCAGAUGCUCCUCAAGAAGCUCUGCAGGUGCUGGAUAUUGUUUUGCGCGAGUUGCCUACACACAGGUAUUCUCCUGUUGGAAGAUCUUUCUACUCUCCUAAUUUGGGAAGGAGGCAACAACUUGGCGAGGGUCUAGAAAGUUGGCGUGGGUUUUACCAGAGCAUACGACCAACUCAAAUGGGAUUGUCCCUUAAUAUUGAUAUGUCAUCAACUGCUUUUAUUGAGCCACUGAAUGUCAUUGAUUUUGUGGCUCAGCUCUUAAACAGGGACAUGGGAUCCAGACCAUUAUCUGAUGCUGAUCGUAUCAAGAUUAAAAAAGCCUUGAGAGGUGUAAAAGUUGAGGUCACACAUCGGGCAAAUAUGCGGAGGAAAUAUCGUAUUUCUGGGUUGACUUCUCAACCCACUCGGGAACUAACGUUUCCUGUGGACGACCAAGGAACAAUGAAAUCUGUGGUGGAGUACUUCCAGGAGACGUAUGGAUUUACCAUACAGCAUACUAGUCUGCCAUGCCUACAAGUUGGAAAUCAGCAGAGACCAAACUACUUGCCAAUGGAGGUAUGCAAAAUAGUAGAGGGCCAACGCUAUUCGAAACGUUUGAAUGAAAGGCAAAUUACUGCCCUUCUGAAAGUUACAUGUCAGCGCCCUAAAGACAGAGAGAUGGACAUUUUACAGACUGUCUACCACAAUGCAUAUGGUCAAGAUCCAUAUGCAAAAGAAUUUGGACUUAAAAUCAGUGACAAGCUUGCUUCAGUAGAAGCCCGAAUUUUGCCUGCACCUUGGCUGAAGUAUCAUGAAACUGGUAGGGAAAAGGAUUGCUUACCUCAAGUUGGGCAAUGGAAUAUGAUGAACAAGAAAAUGGUGAAUGGAGGAACUGUGAAUUAUUGGGCCUGUGUGAACUUUUCACGAGGUGUGCAGGACAGUGUUGCCCGUGGGUUUUGUCAAGAGUUGGCACAGAUGUGCCAGGUGUCUGGCAUGAAUUUCAACCCAGAACCUGUUAUUCAAAUUCAUUCGUCACGGCCUGAACAUGUAGAGAGAGCCCUGAAGACCAUAUGCAAAGAGGCAAAUGCGAAACUUAAGGGAAAAGAACUUGAACUUCUUAUAGUCAUUUUACCUGACAACAAUGGUUCUUUGUAUGGGGACUUGAAGCGAAUAUGUGAAACUGAUCUUGGUUUAGUUUCACAAUGUUGCCUGACAAAGCAUGUGUUUAAAAUGAGCAAGCAAUAUUUAGCAAAUGUGGCUCUUAAAAUUAAUGUGAAGGUUGGUGGAAGGAACACUGUCCUUGCUGAUGCAAUUUCUCGAAGGAUCCCUCUGGUCAGCGAUAUACCAACAAUUAUCUUUGGGGCAGAUGUUACUCAUCCACACCCUGGAGAAGAUUCCAGUCCAUCAAUAGCAGCAGUUGUUGCUUCUCAAGACUGGCCUGAAGUCACCAAGUACGCAGGCCUAGUUUGUGCCCAGGCACACCGACAAGAGCUUAUUCAAGAUUUGUAUAAAGUCUGGCAAGAUCCAGUACGAGGCACUGUAACUGGAGGCAUGAUAAAGGAGCUAUUGAUUUCUUUUCGCAGAGCAACAGGACAAAAGCCUUUGCGAAUCAUAUUUUACAGAGAUGGUGUAAGCGAAGGACAGUUUUACCAAGUUCUACUUUAUGAACUGGAUGCUAUUCGCAGGGCUUGUGCAUCACUUGAACCGAAUUAUCAGCCCCCAGUGACUUUUGUUGUUGUUCAAAAGCGGCACCAUACUAGACUAUUUGCAAACAACCAUCAAGAUAAGAGUUCUAUAGACAGGAGUGGAAAUAUUCUGCCAGGCACUGUGGUUGAUUCCAAAAUUUGCCAUCCCACGGAAUUUGACUUUUAUCUCUGCAGUCAUGCUGGGAUACAGGGGACAAGCAGACCUGCACAUUAUCACGUGCUUUGGGAUGAGAACAAAUUUUCAGCUGAUGGUUUACAAUCUUUAACAAACAAUCUCUGUUACACAUAUGCAAGGUGCACACGUUCUGUAUCUAUAGUGCCUCCAGCAUAUUAUGCUCAUUUGGCUGCUUUCCGUGCUCGAUUUUAUAUGGAGCCUGAUACAUCAGAUAGCGGAUCCUUGUCUAGUGGCCUUCCUGGUGGGCGCCAAGCUCCUGGUGGCUCAGGAGCUCGGAGUACUCGUGUACCAGCUGGAGCAACUGUCCGACCAUUGCCAUCUUUGAAGGAAAAUGUCAAGAGAGUCAUGUUUUAUUGUUGAACUUAAAUUUUCAUAGCACUUUCCUUCACUUAUACGAUCUCUAAUUUUUUUUUUGAAAUGUUCAAAUUGAAGUCGUGUUAACAAUUAUUCAUGCACCUUUUUAAGUGCAAAAAGUGCAAAGCAUGCUAGCUGGAAUGGAAUAUUUAAUGCUUUUCAAACACGACAUUUCCUUUCUUGACUUCAACAGUUUAAGUUCUUGACAUUGACAAUGCAAUUUGGCAAAUAGAUCAUUUAUUUUGAGUUUGAUUCAUGAAAAUUAGAAGAGCUAGAUUUAGCAAUAUUGCUAAACCGAAUCACUUGCCUUUUGAUAAGGUACAUGUAAACAUUGUGGUGUGGUGCACUCUUUAACCAAAUGAUUCGCAUCUUUCAAAAAUAA